AUGACAGACAUAGUAGUUUCGGACAUUGUUAAUAAAUCACCGGAGAUUCCCUCAAUUAGUGAAGCAAAAGAUGGAAUGGAUAUAGGCGAUCAGCAGUCAGAUAAAGAUACUGAACCAAAACAAAUGGGUUACUUGGAUCGGGGUGAAUAUACGUCAGAAAAGUUUAAAAUUGAAAUUAAUAAUUUGCCAAAAUUUUUUGGACACGCUGAUUUGAAGAAAAAACUACGUACACUUGGAUUAAAUAUUGUCAAAGUGAAAGUACCGCAUCAGGCGCGUCAUGCUUAUGUCACAUUUAGAAAUGAGGAAGAUAAAGAAAAAUCAUUCAAAUUAUUAGAUGGCUGGAAAUAUAAGGGAAACAAAAUUGAAGUCUCGCUAACGACCCAUGGGUACAAUCAAGUACAAAAAAGUCGAAAACUAGCCAAUAAGAAGGAAAAUCGUCAAAACAACAAUGCAGAACAGAGUCAGAAUGUUGAGAAAAUUUCAGAUGAUACCAGAAUUCAAAAUGCCACCACACCAUUAUGGAAUUUAGAUUAUGAUGAACAAUUAGUGAAAAAGUCGGAAAUUGUCCUUGCCUAUCUGCAUACGUUAGAACAAAAAAUCAAAUUAAAUUCGAACAACAUAGUAUCAAUUCCAUAUGAUGGUAUUAAACCUUCGCCAGUUGUGGACGGUUAUCGAAACAAAUGCGAGUUUUCAAUUGGUACUGAUGAUAAUGGAGAAAAAGUUGUUGGAUUUCGUUUUGGCGAGUAUAGAUCGGGUUCAAAUCGUGUCGGUAGCCCGAAAGAUUGUCGAAAUGUACCAGAUAGUAUGAAAUUAGUUGUAGAACAUUUCCAAUCAUUUAUUCGCUCAAGUGUACAUGCAUCAUUCUCAACCGAAACUCAUGCAGGUUAUUGGAGACAAUUGACCGUUCGAACGAAUCGUCUACAACAUAUCAUGAUGAUUGUUUCAUUUUCUAAUACAGCUGGUGCUGAAAUAUUGUUUACAGUUGUUAAGGACUCAUUGGAUCUCGACGAGAAUACGAUCGUAUUAGAUAUUUGCUGUGGCACCGGCACAAUCGGUAUUACACUUGCCAAUGCGACAAAACAAGUCAUUGGUAUUGAGAUGAAUAAUGAUGCUGUCGAAGACGCCAAACAAAAUGCUCAACUUAAUAAUAUCAAUAAUAUUGAAUUUAUAUCGGACAAAAUUGAAAAUGUUAUACAUUCAAUUGUACAGAAAUAUGCAGAUAAUCGACUUAUUGCAAUAUUGGAUCCUCCUCGAGCUGGUGUUCAUAAGAAGGUCAUACAGACAUUACGCAAAGCAACAAAUUUGAAACUAUUGGCUUAUAUUUCAUGUAAUCCAGCAUUAGCCAUUGAGAAUUUUAUCGAUCUGACACGUUCAGCAUCUAAUACUUAUCAUGGUUUACCGUUUGUGCCUGUGAAAGCAACAGCAGUUGAUCUUUUUCCUCACACAACUCAUUAUGAACUUUUUGUUUUAUUUCAACGAUAG